UCGUAAAAUUAUAGCAUGGCCCACUUUGAUGAGAGAAGUGGUUACAUCCCUUGUAAAACCGACUGGGGACAGUGGUGGCAAACCAAUGAGGAGGUGUACAUAGAAGUAAAUGUGCCCGAGGGGACCCCGGCCAAACACAUCAAGUGCGCAAUCUCUCACAAACACAUUAGAAUAACUGUUAAGGGACAGACAGUAAUUGAGGGAGACUUACCAAAUACGAUACAUGCUGACGAAUCUGUGUGGACUCUAGAGGACAAGAAAUUUCUGAGGUUGUGUUUACCUAAGAGUCACGUUGGAGCAGAGAAUUGUUGGGACUCUUUGCUAGUGGGACAGUAUAGGACCGACCCCUGGACGUUUGACCAGAUGGAGAAAAAGGCCACCCUACAGAAGUUUCAACAAGAGAAUCCUGGCUUUGAUUUCUCUGGUGCAGAGGUUUCUGGGAAUUAUCAGAAAGGUGGACCUAAAUUACCAGAUAAUUAAGAGAUUACAAAACUGACAAAUUUAACUCUAAGUGAGACAAUUCUGUAACUCA